CAACAAGCCAAACUCACCUAAACUCCGUAUUAUUCACAAAGUUGGUUAAGGUUGUUGACCCCCUUAACCAAUCCCAAGCCCAGGUGUUCAUCCUUCCAAUUCCCCCCUCACUCCAAAACUCCCCCUCUAUAAAUUCCUCCAUUCUCUUCUCUUUCAAAACACCAAACUAUCAAAUCCCUCAAACAUUUCUCUCCAGUUUUCUUUUUAAAAGAAAAUCCCAUCACCUCGAAACUCCACACGGAAAAAUGGCGGCAUCCGCGCAUUUUCUCCAGUUAUUUCAGCUUCUGGCAAUUGCUUCAGUGGCUUUGGUUAUGCCAACUUAUGCCCAGAUUAACUCCCCAUGCUCUCCUUCCAUGAUUAUGAGUUUCACUCCUUGCAUGGCCUUCGUUACUAACAGCAGCGCUGCCGGUGCGCCACCAACUCCCGCCUGUUGCAGUGCCCUCCAGUCCAUCUCGAGCAAUGGCACCGAAUGUAUGUGCCAAAUCGUGAACGGAAGCCCAUUCCAAGUACCCAUUAACCGGACCCUGGCCAUUUCGCUACCACGCGCUUGUAACAUGGCCGGUGUGCCUCUCCAGUGCAAAGCCGCUGGUGCACCUGCUUCAGCUCCAGGCCCUGUUGCUUUUAGCCCGUCUCUCUCUCCUGAAGCUCCUGCUCCUCUCUCUCCUCAAGCUUCUACUACCCUCCCAACAUCAGAGUCACCUGGUUUGGCACCGGAAGCCGAGACAACCCCCGAGCUCACUCCGCCGUCUACCAACACCGUGUCAUCCCAAGCUCCAACCGCAAACUCAGGGAGCCGGCCGGUUGUGACCACCUCGGCCGCGCAUCCUCCUGCCGCUGUUUCACCGUCUCUGCUUUUCACUCUGUUCGGAGCUUUUGUUCUAAAGUGCUACUACUACUAGAUUGCCCACUCAUUUGUUCCUCUCAUUUUCCGUAGUUAUGUAUUUUCUUAUUUGGCUUUUGGGGAUGUAUUCUUUUGUGGGGUGUGCAGAUUGUUUGGGCUUGUUUAGAGAAAUGAGAGAUGUUGAUCAUUGAUUUUGUUUGAAUAAGCUUCUGUAAUAGUAUUGUUGUCCUUGUGAAAUAUACUUGAUUCCUUUGUUUUGUUCAAAA